CAGCCAAGUGAUCAACCUCUGAACGUUGUGAAGUCGCACCACUUUGGUGCUCCGAACCAAAACUGCCAGCCAUGAUGACAUCUGUUGACAUCGCUUCCGCUUUGACGUACGCUGUGGCCGCCAUGCUUGUGGAAUUUGACGUGCGACAACACCAGCAACGCCAACAGCAACAACAACAACAACAGCAACAGCAACAGCAACAACAGCAACAGUAAUGGCAGUUGAACGGUUCAAGGACGAGAACGCCAUGGAGACCUUAGGCCUAGCCCUGGCGUCCUUCACUGCUGCAGCACUUUCUGCUGCAGAAGAGUCAUGUGAGAUGCGAUUCCGUGAAGCGGCUCUGGAAUUCCUCGCAAGGCUCAAGCCGAAGGUGACUCAGACUUCAAUGCAAAGGGGACUCGGACAUCCCAUCGUUGAUUCGACGCUUCCGAGGUUGCAACUGGAAGUGCGGAAGCCACCUUCGCUGCUUCCCCAAACGCAACUCUGGCGUUUGCUGCGGCACUUGCCGUCUCAAGAUCGACGCAAGUUCAUCGAAGAACGCCUCUCCGAGGCGGAAAGGCGUCAGCUGGAACAUGGGCUUCUUGCUGAACGAGCGAGACAAGGCAGCCUUGCCUUGGCCUUGCCCAGCUGCGUCUCCCUGCGGAGCCUGUGCCGCUGGAAGGGCCGGGCGCGAUGUCGGGUCGGAUAUCGUCCCAUCCUCCAUUUGCACGACAGCCUCUAUGCGCAGGCAUCCUUUACCUUCAACUUGGCCACUGCGGUGCGGGCGUUUGGCAUUUUGCUGGCGAUGCGGGCCGCUGCGGAGGAGGAAGCCAUGACCGUGGAGAAGAUGCAGCAAAGCAUUGCACACGUGCAGCGUGCUGCUGGUGCUCAGAUCUUCUACUUCAAGACGCGUGUGAAGGUGACGUCAACCCUCAGCUCGCAGCGUCGCGAAGUGGCCACACCGGCGCGGCGCAGUUUACACCUCGCGCUGCGGGAGUGGCAGGGCGCACAGCUCCUGCGCGCAGAGGCGGCUGUGAUCACCGGACGUGCAGAUCGUUGGGGCCUUGGGGGCCUGUGGCAUGGGGUGGUGACCCGUGGCGGAAGCAACGUUGGAGUGCUGCAAGCGGCCGGGCGCCUAUUUGUCGUCGGGUGGCUGAAGGAGCCUGGGAAGCGCAAGAGGCUCACUCUGAGGCUCCGAAAGCGAAAGCCCAGCGCUGAGGCUCCGCUGACCGCGUGUGAGACAUCGGCAGCGUCCCCGUCCGCUCCCAACUGCAACUAG